GUGACCGUAUCUUAGCAACGUGAUGCGUGGGUAAUUAGACUGAAUAGGUAAAGAACAACUUCAUCGUAUAUAUGUUCGAGACAUUCGUAUUUGUAAUAUUACAAACAAGUCUUAUUAAAAAUCAAGAGCAUAGUAGCAUAGGUAAUUUUUUUUUCUGCGGCACUAGAAAGACUAAAUUAGCCUGGCUAACCGACACGCGCAGAAAGUCUAACGGUUUAAUCUGUAACAUCGUGAUUCUGGUUGAGAUCAAAUUCUCCAGCUUUCCUCCUACAAGUCACAACGAGCAAUGUCAACAGCAAACGAGACGUCUGAUAAGACAGAUGCAGAAACUGAAGGCGCGAGGGAGCAGAAAAGCGCAGUAGAUAAUCAUAUGAAGAAAGAAUUAGAUGAUGAAGAUGAAGGAGUGCGAGGAGCUGAACUGUCCAGUCUUAGAGAGGAUGUUGAGGAGUCACAAGUUUACACAGCCACAUCAUUGACUGUCAUUCCCAAGGAGCCCAGAACCAAAACUCACCCACUGGUCCUUGACUGGGCUUAUGGGAUCAACCAAACCCUACCUGUUUUCAGCCUGCAGGAUGAAGAUAAGCUUGUCAUCUUGUAUAUUUGUGCUCAUGUUGCUGUUAUAUAUGAUCACACUUCUAAUGCUCAGCAUCUGUUACAAGGCCACUGCAGUCCAAUCACCUGUUUGUGUGCUAGUGAAGACAGGCGUUGGCUUGUGACAGCUGACAUGGGCCGGGAGAGUCUUGUUAUCAUAUGGGAUGCUUAUACAGGGAUUCCUGUGCGGACAUUGUUUGACUGUCAUCCAGAGGGUGGAGUUUCUGCCUUGGCACUAUCAAAGGAUUCAAAAUAUCUGGCGACUGUUGGAGCUGGAACAGUACAGCGAGUGUGUAUUUGGGACUGGACAGAUGAAAGCGACAGUCCAAAAUGUCAAGUGGACCUCAGCCCAAAAUAUGGUUGCCAGAAUCAUAUACUUUUCAAUCCCUCUGACAGCACACAGUUGGUUAGCAACAGUAGCACUCAGGUUCUCUUCUACAACUGGGAAAGACAUCUGGAAUACUCGGCUCCUGAAAUUACUGACAAGACAUUCAACAUGGUGCUAGGUUCCCUGAGCCAGUCCAUCUUCCACUACGACAGUGUGCAGGCUCUUACAGCCACCUCAGCUGGAAAUAUAGUUCUCUGGGACAAGCAGACCGAGUCUGUCUCUUGUCAGCCCAUAGUGAGGAAAGCCAUAAAACUUGUGCCUCUCCAGAAGGAAGCGAUCACUGUACUGACUCUGAUUGACAGUUUCAUAGUAACAGGCGACGUGAAUGGCCACAUCAAAUUCUAUGAUGGAAAUCUCAAGCUCAUCAACUUGUACAAUGAACUUAGCUUGGAUCCCAUCAAAUCCAUCUCCUUUUCCAAAGAAAAGCCCUCCACUAGCAGCCUGGGAUAUCCAAAAGACUGCACACUUGAUGCCAAACCAUUUGUCAUGAGAAAUGUUGUUCUCUCUACUACUUGUGCAACUGUAGUACAUGUAAAUGCACAGAGAAAUGUUCUACAGACCCUUCUGAAGGAACAUGCAGAACCUCUGGAAGCAGUUGCCUGCCAUCCCAAACAACCACUAGUAGCUAUGGGCAGCCACAGCGGCACAAUCAAGGUUUGGGAUUAUGAGAGUAAAGAGGUGGUCUGCAGCAGGGUCUUCCGGCCCCACAAACAGAUCCAGUGUAUUACCUACGAUCCACAAGGUUUUUACUUGGCAGUGGGCUUUGCCAGUGGGGCUUUGCAGAUUGUUGAUGCCUGUACACUUCAGAGUGAUGGUAAAGAUUGUUUGCAGUACAGUCAGGACAGCAUUACCCAUCUCACCUUCUCUCAGGACUCAUGCUACCUGGCUGCUGCGGACACUGGGAAAGGCGUGACAUUGCUCCGUCAGUGUAAAGAGGGGGCCCAGGAGAUUUGGAAGUACCAGGGCAGGCACCACUCACAUUAUAAACCCAUUCAGGACCUGCUGUUUGGAGUGGAUUUAGACAGCAAUCAGCCCCGCCUGCUCUCUCUUGGCAUGGAUCGCAGGCUGGUGGAGUAUGAUCUGCAGAACAGUGGUGAAAAUGAGUUGUUGAUUUUGAGUUCAGAUCGGAUCGAACAGAGUGCUGUGCCCACCUCCAUGGUGUGGUAUCCUCCUUUGACGCCCGAAAACUUCCUCCUUACAGCCUCCAACCUGUAUAAGAUGAAGCUCUUCAAUGCUACCUCCAAAAUGUGCAGAAAAACACUCUUUGGGCCCUCUUAUGGUUCUCCAGUGAAAAAGAUGGCCAUCCUACCUGCAUCUAAGGAUGGCGACCCUGAUUCUCGUUACAUGGCAUAUAUAACACAAGAUAAGGUUGGCAUUCAGAUUCUGCCUCUGGAUGGAAACCCUCACAAGUCCUUUGCAAUGAUCUGUCACUCAACAGGCGUCUCAACUCUGGCUUGCUCUUAUGAUGGUAGAUAUGUGUUCACUGCUGGAGGACAAGACUGCACUGUCUUUUCCUGGGAGCUCAAUUUGUCAUCAUUGGAGGCAUCAGCUGGUCUUGGAGGGAAAGACAUGCUGCCCUUCUACGAUCUUCUGGAGGGAGGGAGAGAUGGACAGUUCUUCAGGGAAAUGGAGGAAUAUUUUUACUAUUGUCAACUACAGAAUCAGGACCUCAACACCAUGGAAACACGGCUUGUGUCCACGCGCAUCCCUCUAGCUGAUGUGCCCUUCUUAAUGAGAGCGCUUGGCUUCUAUCCAACAGAGCAAGAGCUGGAAGACAUGCAAAAUGAGGUGAAGUUCAGCCGCUAUGCUGAGACCAGAAAUUAUGUGAUGGACAUCGAUUUGGAGGAGUUCAUUAAGCUGUAUAUCAACCACAGACCUGCCUCUGGCAUUUCCGGACAGGAGCUGUGCAAUGCCUUCCAGGUGCUUGGAAAGGCAGACGAGGAGGGCAGGUAUACUAUUGACAGAGACGAACUGCUGGAGUUACUGCAGGCUAGAGGUGAACAUAUGACGGAGGAUGACUUGGCUGAAUGCUUUACAACUCUGUUAGGUAUUAGUGCAGAGGGAAGCAGUUGUACAGAGUCUCUGCUGGAAAGUGUGCUACCCCCUAAAAUUACCAUGGGGACAUUUGCCACAGAUGUCUUGGGGUUUUCUGCAGCCACCCAGGAAUUUGAUCAAGAACACAGCCAUGAUCUAUAAUACAUUACGUGUCCAGAACCAUUCUGAAACGUAUAAUGUAUCCAAUUAAAGCAUUGUUUGAUUUGUA